CGCUUUUUUUCUCUUUUUACUCCUUGGAUAAAGAAAUGAGCCACUCAUUUGACGCAAAGACGUUCACUCAUCUUACAUAUUGUGGACACUGUAAACAACUGCUAUGGGGUUUAGUAAGGCAGGGCCUUCAAUGUAAAGGUAAGCUAUAUUUGAUUCAUAAAGGGGAAAGAUUGAUAAUGUAUGAUACCUAGAAUGUGGAUAUGCUUGCCACUAUCGCUGUAAAUCAUAUUCAAGUUCAUGUGCGAAAUCAAUACCGAGUAGGUUUUUAGACGAUGAUACUAGCCACAAUAACGAAUCUAUUGAACAAAUCUAUUUCCGCACUAUGCAAAAGAGAAAAAAAUCGAUAAAAAAGACCAGGCUUACAUUGAUGACGCCAGAUUAUAUUCACCAAGCUACAGAGUCAAUGAUAAAGCAUAUGCAUGAAGUUCUCACUUCUGAAAAAUUUCAAACAAUUCUAGCCAACGCUGCCACGAAUCAAGAUAAACCAGUAACGGCUUACUUGAAAAAGCAACCUCCUUUAAAUCCCCAAAACACUACAAAAAAUUUCACAAGGUUUGUUGCUCGUGUUGGGCCGAUCUUUAGUUUCCGUGAUAGAGUGAUGUUGCUCUUGAGUUGGGAGAAGCCUUUGGACACUUGGAUCUCGCUUAUUGUCUAUUGCUUAAUGUGUUUAUACCCAAAACUGUUACUGUUCAUACCUCAGCUAUUCCUCAUCUAUCUAAUCCUCUCAAACCACUCAAACUUAAAAAAGAAAAAGGAGAAUGGUAGUAUCAUCAAAAGGAGUAUUAGAAGAGAUAAAAGAAUAAUGAAUCCAUCUUCCUCUACGCCACUUUCAAACACAACGUCAACAUCUACAGCAUACAUCAAAAAAGAAGGAAAAAAGGGCAUAGACUCACCUACUCCCACAUUAUUACCAUUUCCCUUUUCCCUCUUUCAACCUGGCUCAGAUGACUCACCAGAGUACCUGCGCAAUUUGCAAAACAUCCAAAAUUCUAUGGGCGAGGUGAGUGAUGCCUACGACUGGAUCGUAGAACAAUCAAGCCACAUCGAUUGGUCCUCCGAACAAGAAACAGUUCAUAUUCUUCAGCUACUUGUCGCCUCUAUAUUUAUGACAAGUAUUGUAGCCAUCUUUGUGCCACUCAAUAUGGUAUUCCUAUCUGCUGGUCUUUUUGUGUAUGCUAGCAAUACGCGAUUUGCAAAAUAUAUCAUGAAAGAGUUACAGCCGUACAUGGUUCAAUCCGGUAAGAGGUAUGUCAAGUCAUGGCAUGAUUGGUACAAGCAAUCAGAGAAUAUACUGGAUCGUGAGUUGUCAACGGGGGAAGUAUCUAUUUUUGAAAACCAAGUCUGGACAUCUGAUCUAGGCUACAUUCAUGAUCAGCAAGCACCUUGGUCAACCUGGACUGGUCAUCAGUCGUGGACCGCAAAGACACAGGUUAAGCCGCCAAAGGGACAUCGCUGGAAACAGCUCGAGUGGACAAUUGAUAAGGCGGGCCCUUGGGUAGAUAGUGAAUUGGGUGUGGAGAUUUGCGUCUCGGUUGAUAAGUUUGGUUGGGUUUAUACCGAAGACCCGGUAAGACUGUCUAUGCCAAAAACAAGGAGAAGGAGAUGGAUUCGCACAUAUGAAAAAGUCAAGUUGAAAUAGUAAAAUAAAUGUGAAAUAAUAAGAUUUAUUUUCGUUACAAUUAUUGGCGGCAGUAUGGUAUCUUGUCAGAUCCAACAAGGUAAUUACAAAUAUUCUUCUUGGUCUUGGGAUUCUUUUGGAUAUUGAUACG